UGACAACUUAGUGACUGUCUUGUGUAGGAGACAGCUUUUUUGUAAAUAUAUAUUCAAAUUGUUAAUAUUGUUUGUGGCAUUACUAAUUCAAAAUGCCACCUAAAGCUAAAGGAGGAAAACCUAAAAAGGCACCAGUCAUCAUCAUCGAUGGCGUGGACACGUCUGAUAUGACUCGAGAAAAACUCGAACAGUUUAUUCUUAGAGUAAAGGACGAAUUAGAUAAAGAGAGAGAAGAAAGAAACCUCUUUCAGUUGGAGAGAGAUAAAAUUCGCACAUUCUGGGAAAUAACAAGACAGCAACUAGAUGAGGCUAGAGCUGAAUUGAGAAAUAGAGAAAGAGUGACAGAAGAAACGCAAGAAGAGAACGAGGCACUCCUAGAAACAGAGAAACAGAAAAUAAAGCAUUUGAAAUAUGAACAGCAAGCCGCAGCAGCUGCAUUAAGAGCUGAAAAUUUAGUCGCACUUAAAGCCGCCAAAGAAGAGCACUGUGAACAAGAACUAGAACUCCUAAAUGAUAAAAGAGCCCUACGAAAAGAGAUAAAAGAAAAGCAAUUAGCCGCUCAAGAUGAGUUGAGAAGAGCUAAAUUGACGCAUGCUGAAGAGCUCUCCAAAACUAGGGCACAUUUUGAAGAAAAAGCACGACAGAUUGAGGAUAAAGCUGAUAAGAAACUUCAAGAAACCAAAAUGGAGUUAACAAUCAAACAUAGAACAGAGAUGCUAGAAGUAGAAGAAAGGAAAAAUAAGCAAAUGUCAGAAUUGAUUGCUCAUCACGAGAGAGCGUUUUCGGAUCUAAAAAACUACUAUAACGACAUCACAUUGAAUAAUUUAGGUUUGAUAAGCAGUUUGAAACAACAAAUGGAGGAAAUGCAGAAGGUAAGAGAGCGGGCAGAGAAGAUCGCACGCGACGCUGUGUUCGAUUCCAAGGGUCUGAAGGAGCCCCUGGAAGCUGCCAUCGCUGACAAUAAGGAGCUCAAGCGGCAGAUGUCCAAUUACGAUAGGGAUAAAGCGGCUCUUGCUGCCAAAUCAAAGCAGCUAGGAAUUCUGGAGAAGCAGUAUGAAGUCCUGAAAUGGGAGUAUGAGGUGAUUCAAGUGCGGUUCGAUCGCGUACUCGCAGAGCGCGACGAGCUUAAGGCGAGGUUCUCCAGAGCUGUCUUGGAGGUUCAACAGAAGGCUUCCUUGAAAACUGCCUUGUUAGAAGCCAAGCUGAAGGACAUGUAUGGACGAGAUAAGGCACCGCAGGAGCUGCAUGAGCUUUUGAAAUUGAAAGACACACAAGUAGAGGAUCUUCGCUACGAAGCAGCGCGUCUACGAAAAGCUCACGAUGACCUUCUGGCAGCCUAUGAAGCUAAAUUGGCCAAACUGGGCGUACCGGCCGAGGAACUCGGUUUCAAACCGCUUAAAGCUGUAGCUGUGGCAGGAUUAUCCCCUGUAGUAGGUCAAGGACCUGCCGGACUGGUUACCAAAGACCAGAUAUAAUCAAAGGUUGUGUGACAUUUAGACACACGAUUUUCACGGAUGGAUGUUAGUGAGAGGUACCUAUACUUACCUACAUACCUAGUGUUUUUUUAAGUGGGACAGUAGGAUGAAAUCCGAAACGAUCGAAGGUAGAGGAAAACCUAGAAAACUGAUGUCUUUGGAAAUUGGAAUUCACACUUGACCAAAAAUUGGACUGUGCCAAAAAUUGUUUCCUUAAAAAAGACCUAAUGGAAUACAGUUUUCCUCUGUCUUCACUAGUUUCGGAUUUCCCCAUACUGAUCAACUUGCAGCAACUGGAGAAGCGUAAAAUAUACUUAUUCGUUUAUUAUAAAAUGACUGCGGGGACCCUUGUAUAAGAAAAUUCCGUAUUAUCAAUAAAAAUAUGAGUCAUGG